GCCUUUCCUUCCUGCUUGCUUGCUAGCUUAGCUUCAGCUGUUGGCACUUGGCUGUCCAACUGGUGCAUUUGUGAUCCUCCAGCUAUCCCUUAACGAAAUCGGGUCGUAUUUAGGAGAUUUUACAAUAGUUAUAGUAACAAAAGCUGCGACAUAUAGACCAGGUACUUAUAUCAGAACGGCUUUCGAACCUCUGGGACAUGGCCAGACAAGAGCAAGUCCUCCAGCUUGAGCCACCACACGAACUGAAAUUUAGAGGUCCAUUUACAGAUGUCGUCACGGCCACCCUGAAGCUAGGCAACCCAACAGAUAGAAAUGUGUGUUUUAAAGUGAAGACGACAGCGCCUCGUCGAUACUGUGUCCGUCCAAACAGUGGCAUCAUUGACGCAGGCACUUCCAUCAAUGUAUCUGUUAUGCUACAGCCUUUCGACUAUGAUCCCAAUGAAAAGAGCAAACACAAAUUCAUGGUGCAGUCCAUGCUUGCUCCAUAUGACAUGACUGACAUGGAAGGGGUGUGGAAAGAGGCAAAGCCAGAGGAGCUGAUGGACUCCAAGUUGAGAUGUGCAUUUGAGCUCCCACUAGAGAAUGACAAAACUCAUGACAGUGAAAGCAACAAAAAUGUGUCCUCUACCCCCAUAAAGUCAGAACUCUCCUCACUCCCUAAGUCUGCCAGCUCCUCCCUGGAUGACGGCGAGGUGAAGAAGAUCAUGGAGGAGUGCAAGAGGCUGCAGAUGGAGGUCCAGAGGCUACGGGAAGAGAACAAACAGAUCAGGGAGGAGGAUGGUCUGCGGAAGAGGAAGGUCACGUCCAUGGCGUCCUCCCCCCACUCAUCUUCCUCACAGGCCAUGAUAAGGGAGGAGGGCCUGAGUACCCGCGUGCUGGCGCUCUGCGUGCUGUUCUUCGUCAUCGGUGUCAUCAUUGGGAAAUUGGCCCUGUAGUUAUAGCCAGCGGCAGCAUGCUCGGGGGACCGAAAAAAAACAACAACAAUGGGAUGUGUACUUGUUUUUUGCAUAAUGCAAUAUCACAUGGGUUUAUUUGAGUUGUGAAAUUAUUUAACAUAAAAAAGCAAAGGUAAUCUAGUGAAAUAAUGAAAAGAACCGGUCACGAGUCGUCUUGCCUUUUAAUCACUGUAUUUUCCAUCCCUCCAUCCCUACUUGCACAGAUACAAUACAAAUCAUUGUGUGGGGAUUGGGGAAAUUGCAACGUUGUGUUCUAUAAGUAUCAAUGAUGGCAUUGUGUGAAUGUUUUAAUCACUGCUUUUUUAAGGCAAGGAGACCGUGCAUUGUGUGAGUCGAGAGGCUGCCGGUGAAUUUUAGCAUGAAGGGGGGUAAUUAUGUAAAUCCUGUCAUCCAACUGAUUCCUGUAUGAAACAUAAAAUGGAUUUGGGGGGGGUAACUGAAAAAUAAAAUGUUAACCAUAAUUUUGUCCACGACAGACCCUGUCCAAUGCAGUAGGUUGCUUUUUAUUUUUAUAAUCUAUUAGAUUAAAAACACAUUUCGAUCACAGAAUAUGUACUGUCUCAUAGUGCUGCAGUGAGUUAGGUCUACACAUUUUAGUGUGUAAUUUAGUGACAGUCUCUGAGGUGAAGGCACAGAAUUGGUGACUUGUCAUUUGGUCAAAGGCCCAGCCUGUGAAGGAUGUCUUCAGGAUCAGUAUGUGGGUGGUGCCUUUUGCAUCUCUUUGAUAUUUUAAGUAGAAAUUUUGCACCAAUAUUGAAUUUUAAAAGCCUGUUAUAUUAAAUUAAGUGCCCUUUAACAUAGACCACAUUAAUUCAAUAAAUCUUUUAUUCCCCCAUGAAUAAAGGCUUGCUAAAUUGCCCAAAUUCUGAAUUUUGACAUAUCCCUCCAUCAACGCUGUCACUUCUAUAAAGAUUUUAACGCACUUAGGCCUAGAUUCAAUUCGAUCAAGCGUUAACAGGCAAUAGCCGAGACCCGCAUUUCUGAUGUUUUGGCGGUAACCGAGGUGUAACUGUUGAAGCUGCUCUUCUGAUCGUUAAGAAGCAACAACUGCCAAAUUCUCUAAAAGGACGUUGGAGGCGGCUUAUGGUAGAGAAAUUAACAAAUUCUAUGGCAACAGCUCUGGUGGACAUUCCUGCAGUCAGCAUGCCAAUUACACACUCGCGUUAGAAGUUCAGAAUGAGAAAGUGUAGACUAUAGGCUGAAGAAGCGGGACACUUUUUUUCAUAUCCGUGUUCUGUAACCUAUUUCAACAUCUAGCCAACAUAUUAGCUCAACACGUGAUACAUUCCUGAAAUCCUCAAGAUGUUCCCUAAUCACCCAAAAAACAAAACUAAUUAAUUAAUAUACACAGGAGGCAUGACAUUUGUGUACACUGAGUCAAAACCAUAUUUUCAGUUUGCAUUUGGUAGACUGAGACAGCAGGUUAGAUAAACUGGGACACCAUUAUUAUAGUCCUAAUUGUACCCCAAUGACAAUUCAAGUACAUUUUGUGUGAUUAGGAAACAUCUGAGGACUUCAGAAAUGCAUCAUCUGUUGGGCUAAUAUGUUGAACAAAUGUCUGAAGCAGUUACAGAAGAUGUAAAUGCAAAAAGUGUCCCACUUUUUCUGAAAACACUCAAAUAACAGUACAAUAUAUUUUUUUACAGAAUAUAGUACUACAAGAACCAGAACCUUGCCUAACCUACGUACAGGGGUUCCCUAAUGUAAACUGGAUCCCUUUCCUCUAUUGGAAUAGCUUAUAAGACUGUCCCACUUUAGCUACUCCAUGCUGUCCUACUUUAGCUAGCUAUAGUUGGUAAAGCAGGACAACUAAAAACAUGACUGAAUUACAAAAUUGAAACAUAAUAUUGGCAAUUUAAAAAAAUGUAUUUUGAUGCAUCAGUACAUAGUAUGCUCAUUUACAUUAGAAUUUGGCACUGCCUUAUUUCUGGCAGUUUUAGAACCUUAACAUCAAAACAGAAAAAAUGAUCACAACAGCAGGAAGUGAAGUGCCACACAGGAAGUGGGCCAAGAGAGAGUUUCUCCCACAGAGAGAUAGGGAAAGAGAGGCUCAGAUGACAUCAUGUAGCUGAUUUUACCAUGUGCUUUGCAGGGUGAGCUUGUUUGAAGCUUGCUCUUCCCGCCUCUAUGAUAUCACAUCAAUGAAGUGAUGUGAUUUUGAUCAUGUGGUUUCUCUGCAAGGGCUUAGUAACAAUAGUUUUGAUUUGCUCUUGUCAGACCAAUAAAUAAACAUGUCAGGA